GGCGAUGACAGUUGGGUGGUUGAGGACUCGAUCUCGCUCUCGAAUUCCUCCACUGUCGAUGCCCAUGAAUGAUUGAUUGCGGCGCCAUUGUGUUAGCUGUGCUGGACUUUGUGGGUCUAAUUUGUUGUCUGCAUUUCCUGCUUCUUGCGAGAGGCUUACGGUGUUUUGUUUUGUUUUUUAUUUCCUUUUAUUUUUCCUCUGGGUUUGUGUGAAUUUCCGCGGUUUUUGUGUGCUUCGACGAGGAAUUGGGGUGUUUGGAGAGAGCUCGAGGGACAGCUGCUUUUGGAGGUUUUAGGAACCGGGAGGAAAGGGACUUAGUUGUUGUUCGAGCUCCAUGGCUCGAUUGUCAUGGCCCGUGUUGGGUGGUGUGUUAUUCUGCGACAUUUUAGCCUUUAUUCUGGCCGUGGCCGCGAUGUCCAAGCGGAGCAAGGCCGCACCGACGUAUGCUGAACCAGGUUACCUUACCUGUGGGUAUACGAAAGACACUUCAACCGGGUUAGCCGCAACAGCUUUUGUUUUUCUUCUCUUUGCUCAGGUGUUUGUCACCAUCGUGACGGGUUGCUCCUGUUGUGGAAAAACUAAUUCCAAGCAGGGUUGUGGGCGAAUUUGUGCAAUUUUGCUCCUUGUAUCCUCCUGGAUCACUUUCACCAUUGCGGAGAUAUUUCUACUCACCGGUGCAGUUGUGAAUAAUAUUCGAACUGAAGGGCAAAUAGAUGUGGGAGUCACGACUCAAGAUGAGGCUCACUGCGCGCAAACGAAGAAGGCUAUCUUUGCUGUAGGGGCGGUUUUCACAUUUUUUGCCAUGGUUUUCAAUAUUGCAUACUACGUCGUGCAAGUUAGUUCUGAGAACAAGGACCAGCAAUGGAACUCAUACCGAGCAGAUGAAGGUUACAGUGCGCAUGAAGGUGGGGGUAUUGGAAUGACGGGUUUUGAAAGGCUUUAGGUUCAGAACGGGACAUCCGACCAUUUUUCCCGCAAGUACAGCAACAACUGUGCUGAAACGCCUUCUGACCAGAUCGUCUGUUGUUCCAAUGGAUUCUCUCUCGUAAUAUGAAAGGUGUCAGACUUCGAUUUAGUCUGGCAGGUUGCCUGUUAGAGGAAGAGGUUUGCAUCCCCUUGGAAAAGUGUCUGAAGCAUAUGCAGGAUUUUAAACACCGCAUAAUCUUGCGAGGGGAAGUGCGUAGACUUAUCAGACCUCAUGUUGCAAGAAAAUAGCAUUAGGGUUCUCCAUCUUCAAGCUCAUUCCAGGAAAAAGCUGUAGAGACAGACGCUGACUUUCGUUUUGAAAUGACCGGGCAAUGCAUUUUUCUUGACAUUCUAGUUGUAGAUUUGCAAAGUUCUCGUUGUGAAAACAUUGUGACUUAAUGGUACAUGAGGCUGUAGUUUGGAUCGGUUUCAGCACACGGCAUGGGAUUAGCACACCUUCUGUGUGCCAGGAUUUUGUUCAUCUUAUCCUCUAACUUUAAUAAACUGAAAAUGCGCACACAUCAGUGAGAUGUGCUUGGUUA